GGGCUGGGCGUGUGCCGCGGCCGCCGGCGGGGCGCGCUCCCGCUCCGCUCCCCUCCCGCUCCCCCCGCACGCACAUUGUCCGGGCGGCGGCGGCGGCACAGCGCCCCGGCGCCCCGUGCCAAUGCGGGGCGGGCGCGGCACGCCGGGGGCGCCUCCACCACCGCGGUGGAAACUUCCCCUCGCCGCCGGGCCGACGCGCGGCUGAAAGCCCCCGGCGGGGAGGAGCGGAGCGGAGCGGGGAUUCGCCCGCCUGGGGUGGGGUGGGGGGGGGCGCCUCGUCUAGUUUGGUUUUUCCUCCGUUGGAAGGGAAAAAAAAAGCAAAUAAUACUGUUACCUGGCUUUAAACUUCUGCGCCCCGCUCUCCAGGACGCGCAUCCCGCCCGGCGGGGUGGACGAGCCGGUGGUGGUGCUCCUGGAAGUCCUGAGCUGGGGUCAGCUGGAAGAUGACUGAAUACAAGCUGGUGGUGGUGGGAGCAGGUGGUGUUGGGAAGAGUGCUUUGACGAUACAGCUCAUUCAGAACCAUUUUGUUGAUGAGUAUGACCCUACGAUAGAGGAUUCCUACAGAAAGCAAGUGGUCAUCGAUGGAGAGACCUGCUUGUUAGACAUCUUGGACACCGCAGGGCAAGAGGAGUACAGUGCCAUGAGAGACCAGUACAUGAGAACAGGGGAAGGAUUCCUGUGUGUCUUUGCCAUCAACAACACCAAGUCCUUUGAAGAUAUUCACCAGUACAGGGAGCAGAUCAAGAGGGUGAAAGACUCAGAUGAUGUUCCUAUGGUGCUGGUGGGGAAUAAAUGUGACCUACCAGCCCGGACAGUGGAGACCCGGCAAGCGCAGGACCUGGCCCGGAGUUACGGGAUCCCCUACAUAGAAACAUCUGCCAAAACCAGACAGGGCGUUGAGGAUGCCUUCUACACCUUGGUGCGGGAAAUCCGUCAGCAUAAACUGCGCAAGCUGAAUCCCCCGGAUGAGAGCGGCCCUGGCUGCAUGAACUGUAAAUGUGUGGUAUCGUGACUAUGCUGACUGGACCGUGUCUUGGAGAGGUUCCCGCUGUGCAGUGCGCAAGGACAGAGGUGAAGCGAAGGAAGAAGCAAAUGGAUUCAGAGGAGGAAUAUGGGGGAGGGGUAGAGGAGGAGGAAGAGGACAGGGUGAGCAUGAGCCCUCCAAGGACUAUCUCGCACUUCACCCAAGCCUGCGGCAAACAACAUUUUUUCUUUUUUUAUCCCCAUCCCCUCAUCCUUUGGCCUCCUCCCACCCCGGCAACUGUACAAAGCCACAGAUUGAAUCACAGUAAAUUAUUAUUUGAUGGUCUCGACAAA